UUGUAACAUGCUUCUAAAGAACAUUAUUUGUGUGACAUAUGGGGUCACUACUUUGGCGUCACGUUGGACAGCCAAACCAAGAAAGUGGAUAUGCUAAAAGUUCCCGGCGGCGGCUUAGGGCUCCAUCUCCAAACGAUUAUCAAUCAUGUGGGCGGGCACACAAGUACAGACACAAGCGUUAGGUCUGUAAUAAUGCACCAAGUACCGUACAUCUUCACAGAAUCCACAUGAAUCUGCGGCGCAGUUGUUAUUCCUUUCAAAUCGUGAAUCGUUGUUGAUUGAGGGACGAAGAGUGAACUCUGUUCUCGUUUCCGGAAUCUGGUUGAUAGAUUAGAGAAAUGGUGAGAGCUGCGAAGAGUAGCCACCACGAAGGGGAUGAAGACGAGGACCUGGAAUUCUCCUCCAGGACACCUCUCGAUGAUUCCUCCGACAAGGUGGAGGGUAGGAACAGUGAUCAGCAGAAGACAAUCGCAUUUAGGUCCAAGCAUUCUGAGACCGAGCAGCGUAGGAGGAGCAAAAUCAAUGAGAGAUUCCAAACUUUAAGGAAUAUCAUACCCGAGAAUGAUCAGAAGAGAGACAGAGCUUCAUUCUUGCUGGAGGUUAUACAGUAUAUUCAGUUCUUAAAAGAUAAAAUACAGAUGUAUGAAGGACCAUACCAAGGUUGGAGUCCAGAGCCCUCAAAGUUGACACCAUGGAGAAGAGCUUCUGGCCCUCCCCAAAUCUUCACAGAACAGUCUCAGCUGAUCAGAAAUGGUUCUUCUCAUGAAGACAAUGCUGGCGUGGACUCGAUAUUUCUCUCUAAUGCACAUGAGUCUUUAGAAUCGAGUUUGAAUGGAGAACCCGUCUUCAAAACAAUGGAUGAACACCACACAGUAAGUAAUGAAGUCCUCCCCUUCAACUUGGUUCUGCAGCCAAGUUUGUUCGAUGGUGUAUCUAUCCGACCUUCUCAUGGAUCUUGUUCCUACACCGAGCAGUUGGGUUCUCAGGCAAAGUGGUUUGAUUGGCAUGGCAAACAACAUGAAAAUAAUGAAAUACAGAUUGCUGAUCAGAAUGACAUAGAAGAGCAGAAAAAUGAAUGGGAGGACAGAUGUCCUAAUGAGUACUCUCAGAGGGUGCUGAAUACUCUAAACCAGUCCUUGGUAUCUAUGGGAGUGGAUAUGUCACAGGCCAAUGUUUCAGUUGAACUUGAUAUUGUCCAACAGACAAAGUGCAGAACUGCCAUUUCCACAUCAAAUAGUUGCGAUAAAUAUGACCAUGGCCAUAAAAAGAUUAGAAGAUAACAGAAGUAACAAGUUCUGGUCCUUCUCCUCAUAAGAGCCCACCCCCACCCCCCCACACAAUCAUCUCUCUCAAAUAUUUUACAGGUAGUGGUAGAGUGGUAGACAGUUGAGGUAGUCAUUGUACAUGUUUUUUAAUGUGUCGAGCAUGCAAAGUUCUAAAGCAGAGGUCGGUAGACUCCGUCUAUAAAUAUUCUAUGUACAA